ACUAAAUAAAUCAAUCUUUUUUUUUUCUCUCUCUAUCAAGUCACAAUUAUGGCACCCAAUUUUGAGGAAUAUCGUUCAGAAAGCUUGAUAGACAACAUAAAGGCAAGAAUUAAUAAAAUGGCAUUCAGGAAACAGGACACAACAAAAUUGUUUCAAAGGGGUGAUCAAGUUGAAGUUGCAAGUCAAGAAUGGGGAUAUAUUGGUGCUUAUUACACCGCCACUAUCGUUUCUUUGAUUGGAAAUUCUCACUAUAGAGUCCAAUAUACGAAUUUGGUGAACGACGAUAAGUCUGAUUUACUAGAGGAAAUUGUCACGGCUUCUGAAAUCCGUCCCAUGCCACCUAAACAACAUGAGACAUUAUUAAUACCAGAAGAUAUUCGUAUGUACGAUAUAGUUGAUGUGUUUGACAAUGAUGGAUGGUGGAUCGGUUUUAUUUCUGGAAGACAUGAAGAAAAUUACUAUGUUUAUUUCCCUACAACUGGGGAUAAUGUUGCAUAUCCUCCUCAACUCUUGAGGUUUCAUCAAGAAUGGAGUAAGGGCAAGUGGAUUUCUUCCAACUAAAGUAAAGGUUUAAUGGGACUUAGAUUGUACUGAUUUUGGUUUCAAGAAAUUAUUAUAGUGAGUGAGUAUUAAUCUAGUCAAGUAUAUUUUAUUAGGUUCUUGAUCGUUAACUUGUACGUUUUUAUGUAGUGGAAUACAUGAAAUUGUCAAUUAGUUUAUGAUAUAUUGAAAAUUUGUAAUUUUUUAAUUA